UGCCGCUACUACGCCAAGGAUAAGACUUGCUUCUACGGGGAGGAGUGUCAGUUCCUGCAUGAGGACCCGGCCGCCGGGGCUGCCCCGGGCCUCGGCCUCCAUAGCAACAGCGUCCCCCUGGCUCUGGCGGGUGCGCCCGUGGCCGGCUUUCCGCCGGGAGCGGUGCCUGGCGGGGGAGCGGGGCCGCCCCCCGGGCCCAAGAAGCCAGACCUGGGGGGCCCGGGGGCAGGAGCUGCAGCCGGCGGAGGCAGCAGCGGGGGACUCGAUGGACCGCGGCUGGCAAUUCCAGGAAUGGAUGGAGGUGCUUUAACUGACGCGAGUCUUACAGAUUCCUAUUUCAGCACCAGCUUUAUUGGAGUCAAUGGAUUUGGAAGCCCUGUAGAAACAAAGUAUCCCUUGAUGCAGAGAAUGACUAAUAGUAACAGCUCCCCAAGCCUUCUAAAUGACAGUGCCAAGCCAUAUACCGGCCAUGCUGGCUUAUCUGAGUCCUUGAAAUCUGCCCUGCAAGAGUCGGGGCAGAGAGCUGCAGCAGAGAGUUUGUACCCCUACUGCCCACUUUAG